AUGAAAGAGAAUUAUCAUUACUACAAGAUGAUCGUCUUCAACCGGAAGUUCAAGAUCACCGAACAUAAGCCACUCUCGGACGUCACCGACGCCUUCAGUUCCGAUGUCAUCGGCUCACUUCCGACGGGAAUAAGAAUGUCCAAGAUUAAGUUGAUCUUUGGCUUCCUUGCACUUUAUGCAUUAAUACCACGUACCCAUGCUGCAGAUACCAUAUCUGCAAACCAAAUCCUUAGAUAUAACGAAACGAUUACUUCGCUAAAAGAAACCUUCGAACUUGGUUUCUUUAACCCCGGUAACUCCACAAACCAUUAUGUCGGAAUUUGGUACAAGAAAAUAUCCAUCAAAACUGUUGUAUGGGUGGCCAACAGGAACACACCACUCACCGAUACAUCUGGUGAGCUGACACUCACCCUUCAGGGAGUUUUAAUUCUCCGGGAUACCACCAAGGGUAAUGUAGUAUGGUCGUCAGCAAACUCAUCAACGAUGUCAGUGAAAAAUCCAGUUGGCCUGCUUCUUGAUACAGGCAACUUUAUAAUUCACGAGGAAGGUGAGGGCAUCAAUCAAGAAGAUCCCAUAUGGCAAAGUUUCGACUUUAUGACAGACACUUUACUUCCCGGAAUGAAGCAAGGCAGGAAUUUGAUCACGGGGAUUGAUAGACGCUUCACGUCAUGGAAAUCCCCCAAUGAUCCGGCUUUCGGUGAGUUUUCUUAUUGGAUUGAUAAUAGAGGUUACCCUCAGCUGUUUAUAACGGAAGGCCGGGAAAUAAGGCAUAGGGCAGGUCCAUGGAAUGGACUAAGGUUUUCCGGAAUUUCUAACAUGAGAUCUAACCCUUUUUACAAUUUCACCUUUGUUGUUAAUCAGAGAGAAAUUUACUACCAAUAUAAUCUUAUAGAUACUUCAUUCAUUACAAGGCUGGUGUUACAACCAAGUGGUCGUAUAGAGCGCAAGUUAUGGGUUGAUAGCAAACAAGAAUGGAGCCUUUAUUUGACAUGGCAAAAUGAUAUAUGUGAUCAAUACGCGGUGUGCGGGCCAUUUGGGAGCUGCAACAUUGGCAAGUCCCCUGUUUGUGAAUGCUUGAAGGGAUUUGAACCCACAUCCCCUGAUCAGUGGAAGAUUACAAAUUGGUCACAAGGGUGUCGACAUAGUAUCCCUUUGGAUUGUAACCCAGGGGAAGGGUUCAACAAAUAUUCAAAUUUGAAGUUACCCGACACUCGGGAGUCAUGGUAUAACCAUACCAUGACCCUUGUAGAGUGUGAGAAGAUGUGUAAAAGCAAUUGCUCAUGUACUGCUUACGCAAAUUCCAACAUAUCAGGGACGGGAAGCGGUUGCUUCCUAUGGUUUGGUGGCCUAGUUGAUAUCAGAACAACUGCUGAAAAUGGAGAUACUAUUUAUAUACGAUUGUCAUCUUCUGAGUUAGAUUCAAUAGAAAAGAGUAGGCGCUCAAGUGCAGGGAGAAGAGUACGAGUUAUUGUCCCCAUAGCACUUGUAGUUUUGGUCAUACCAGUUUCUAUAUGCUUAUUUUAUCAUUUUAAUAGGAAGAAGCAACAGCAACAAGGGACAUCUAGCAAGAAGUUUAGACAUGAUCCUGAAAACGGAAGUGGUGAUGAAGAUCUAGAGCUACUACUAUUUGGCUUUUCUAAAAUACUUAAAGCGACAAACAACUUUUCAAUGAACAACAAACUUGGAGAAGGCGGUUUUGGACCUGUUUGCAAGGGUGUACUCGAAGACGGGAAGGAAAUAGCAGUGAAGCGGCUAGCAAAAACAUCCACUCAAGGCCUUCAUGAGUUCAAGAAUGAAGUCAUCUUGAUAUCUAAACUACAGCAUCGCAAUCUUGUCAAACUCUUGAGUUGUUGCAUAGAAAGAGAUGAAGUGAUGCUAAUUUAUGAAUACAUGCCAAACAAAGGCCUUGAUUCCUUCAUAUUUGAUAAAACUCGAAAGUGGCUCCUUGAUUGGCCUACACGUUACCACAUUAUCAUUGGAGUUGCUCGUGGACUUCUUUAUCUUCACCAGGAUUCUCGGCUCAGAAUCAUACAUAGAGAUCUUAAAGUUAGCAAUAUUUUGCUUGACAAAGAAAUGAACCCAAAGAUAUCAGAUUUUGGAACUGCUAGAUCUUUUGGUGGAAAUCAGAUAGAGGCGAAAACAAACAGAGUAGUUGGAACAUAUGGCUACAUGGCGCCAGAGUAUGCAGGAGGUGGUAUUUUUUCGAUAAAAUCCGAUGUAUAUAGCUUCGGCGUGUUACUACUGGAAGUUGUGUGUGGGGUGAAAAAUAGAGGAUUUGUCCACAAAGAACAUUGUAACAACCUUAUUGGACAUGCAUGGGUACUCUAUAAUGAAAACAGAUCCUUGGAAUUAGUUGCUAAGUGCCUAGGUGAAUCAAUCAAUGUGUCUCAGGUUUUACGAUCCAUCCAUGUUGCUUUGUUGUGUGUUCAACGCCACCCAGAAGAUAGACCGAGUAUGACUUCUGUGAUCGUGUUGUUGGGGAGUGAGGGUCCAUUACCUUCACCCAAAGAACCAGGAUUUUACGUUGGAAAUACUACGGGAGAUGAUGCACAAUCUUCACACUCACCUGAAACAAGUUCUGACAAUGAACUAAGCAUUACAGUGUUGAAUGGUAGAUAA